AUGUCUGACAACAACUCUUCCACUCUCGGCUCCUACGUCAACCAGGCCACCGGCAUGGCCCAGCGUGCCUUCGGCGCAGUAACUGGCGACUCCUCCACCCAGGCCAAAGGCGAACUUUCCCAAGAGCAAGCCGACAUCCAAAACGCCAACUCCCACACCACCGCCAAACUGGGCAACCUCACCGCCGACCCCAACACCGGCGCCGUCGCAAAGGACAACUCCACCCGCAGCGACGGCUCCUGGGACCAAACCAUCGGCUCGGCCAAGGAAGCCGUCGGCAACGCGAUCGGCAACGAGUCCCUGCGCCAGGCGGGCGCCCAGCAGAACGCGGCUGGCAAGGAGCAAGAGGCCAAGGGCCAGUUGAAGGACUGGGGUGAGGGCAUCCAGGACCGGGCUCAGGGUCACCUUGGUGCGGUGGGUGCGGCUAUUACUGGGGAUCGGGAGGAGCAGAAGAAGUUCGAGGAUAUGCAUGAUGAGGGGAAGGUGCGGCAGCGUGGUGCUGAGGCGGAUAUGGCUAAGCAGCAGGGAGUUUAA